GGGUGACUGCUGCCAUUAAAGCUGAGGAUUUGAAUGAUUUCUCCAUUGGUCUUGAACUUCAAAAGCAUAAAACUGAGGAGAUUUUCAAACAAGAGGCCUGUGAAGAAUCUCCAUCCAGUUUACAGUCCUGGUCCACUAAUACGGGACGACUGGCUACACAGGAGAAUUCUGUAGAGCUGAAAUCAGAGUUAUCAGAGUCUGAAGAGAAAAUCACCGAGGGAAAUGGGAGAGAAGGAGAAGAGUCACAUGGGAGUGUUGGAAUAAAUUUACAGAAGAAUGGCAGCUUCUCUCCACCUUCAUUUGGUCAGCCCUCCCUUCAAUACAAAGAGAAAGGUAUGAAGAAAUCAGCAAGAGGAUCAGAGAACCUGACAGCAGCCUUUUUUCAGUGCAGUUCUCUCCCUAAUGCUGGAGUAACACAGACAGUAGCCAUCAAAACUGAUCGACAGCAAGUGGAGAAAGAAAUCCAAAUUCACAAUGGAAAAAAAUGUUUGGAAUGUGGCAAACAAUUCAUGCAGAAAAGGGAUCUUAAUAAGCAUAUGAAGAUUCACACUGGAGAAAAACCUAUUUGUUGCCCUGAAUGUGGUAAGCCAUUCUCAACGAGUAGGCAUCUUCAGAGGCACAGAAAAAUCCACACAGGAGACAAACCUCAUUGUUGCCCUGAAUGUGGUAAGCCAUUCUCAACGAGUAGCCAUCUUCAGAGCCACAGAAGAAUCCACACAGGAGAAAAACCUUAUUGUUGUCUAGAAUGUGGCAAACAAUUUUCUGACAAGCGUAGUUUUCAAAGGCACACAAAAAGUCAUACUGGAGAGAAUCCAUAUUGCUGUUCUCUAUGUGGAAAUAGGUUUUUUAAGUUUAGCUGUUUUCGAGUACACUUACAAACCCACACUAAAGACAAAGUGCAGUAUAUAUGUUCUGAAUGUGGCAAAUGUUAUGCACACCAUAAAAGUUUUUAUAGACACACCAAAAUCCAUACUGAAGAAAAAUCUUUUUGCUGAUCUGAAUGUGGGAAACAAUUCUUAGAUUUAAGAACACUUCAGUGUCACAUCAGAACUCAUACUGGAGAGAAACCUUAUUGUUGUCCUGAAUGUGAUAAGCAGUUCUCACAACAAAGCACCCUAAAGAGUCGCAUCAGACUUCACACCGGAGAAAAACCUCACCAUUGCUUGCAGUGUGGCAAACAAUUCUCACGCCUUAAUUCUCUUUAUAUACAUAGAGGAAGUCAUACUGGAGAGAAGACUUACAGUUGUACUGAAUGUGGAAUGCGAUUCUCAUAUAACAGUUCUCUUUACACUCAUAAAAGAAUUCAUUCUGGUAAGAAACACAGUUGUUCUGACUGUGGAAAGCUUUGCUCAGACAGCAGGACUCUUAAAAGACCACAUGAGAAUUUACUCUGGACAAAAACCCUAUUGCUGUCCAGAAUGUGGCAAACGAUUCUCACGUCAAAACGCACUUAGAUGCCACAGAAAGAUUAACAUCGGAGAGAAGCCUUACACCUGUUGUGAAUGUGGUAAAGGGUACUCUUCCAAAAAAAAUCUUCAGAAACACACUCAAAGUCAUAUUGGAGUAAAGCCUGUCCUAGAAAUGACAAAUGAACUGUCCAUUGGCUCCCCAACCAAAAUAAAAUGAAGAAAAAUCUACUGAAUGAGGGAAAGGACUUUUAAAGUAGCUAAUAAGUAUAUAAGAAUAUUGGAGAAAACACUGAAAUUGGCAAACAGAUCGUAGAUGUAAGGUAACCUCAGAGCCACAUAUGAAUUCACAUUGGAAUGAACACACUGGAAUACAACACAUAUUUCACAAACAGCAAGAAUCUUCUUCAACAACUUAAAGGUGCAAAAAAAAAAAACACUCAUUGUUGUCCUAAAUGUGGUUAAUGCUUUUCAGACAGCAGUGGCCUUCAUAUUCAUAAAUGACUGGCCUACUGGUGGUAAGCCUCUUAGCUGUUCUGAAUGUUGAAAGUGGUCCUCCUGUAUCAGCCGCCAUCAGUAACACAUAAGAUUUCAUGAAGGACUUCAAAAUUGUACAUCUAGGACGUCAGCCAUACAGGGACUGAUCAUCUCUGCACCAGUGCUGUGACAUAAGAUGGUGAACAAUACAAACACCAGACAACAGAAUGAGGUAGAAACAGUACUGUGCGGUGAUAACAACUUCAACCACAGAACACAACUGAAAACGUUCAAUGUAAUAAUAAAAAUGGAGAAAUCAAAUCAAAUCCACAGUGCAGUGCCAACUAACAGGGGGUGCCACUGAGAACAAGGGGAAUAUUUUUGUUUUGGAGCUUUGGAGAUGGGGCCUUAUCUGAGUACCAAUGAACUUGUACCAUCUCUGGGAUGUCAUCUGAUGGUUGACGCCUGGGCUGAGUGUAGACAGCCAUUCUUGACCCUGAUAAUGAAGUCAUUUAGUGACGUCAGCUGACAGCCAAUUCUGUCCAAUCAGAUACUGGGGAGGGACAGUCGAGGAGGACAGGAGACUAAAAAGAGAGCUGUCACAUGACAGACCAAUGUAGAGGGGCUUUAUAAGACUUUGACACUAAUUUAGGUCAUCAUUUAUAAACGAUAAGAGUCUUUACAAACCAAACACAUUCAUCAGCUGUGUGUCAAGGGUGAGUCCAAAAGUGGGAAUUUAAGAAGAUCUAAAUACAAAUAAAAUGAAACAUUCAGGGUUCAAAGAGAAAUGUUUAAGACCUGAAGAGGAAGUCACAACAGCAUGCUAGGGUUAGCACGGGGACCACAGUUGUGAAGAAUAUCAAUUAAUGUAUAGAAGGAAUUUUAUUUAAAAUAAUAAUAAUGUUAUGAGAAUUUGGACACAAUACUGAAUGUAGAACACAAUGACAAUGAAAUGAACUGAUUUUAUUGUCUGACAAAUAAGAGAAAAAGUGAAGACAAAGCAGAAACACACAUUGAUCUCUGCUGCCCCAGCUGAUAAUUUGAUAAAUUAACCUAAAAAUAUAACGGAUGUCACUUUGCUCCAUGUCAGUACAUCCUGGGUGGUGUGUGAAGGACGCUCUAUACUCUGAAUAUGUUGGUUCAGUUUGAGUUCAGCACCUUCUUCAUAUCGAUACCCAAGACAACGUUUCUUCAUGUCGAGACUACAAGCUGGAGGCCACAGGAGCUCAAUAAACUCCAACAGCAGGAUGGACGAUUAGAAAGCUCUGCUCUGAGAGAGUGUCAGCUACACAAAGCUUCGCUUCAUUUACUUAACAGAAAACUCCAAAAAGCAGAAGUGGCCCCUUCUGUACCCCCACCACUGAAGGUCACAUUUCACCCCACACUACUCAGUGUUGGUUCACUCUGCUUGGACUUUCUGUAUUUUGUAAGUUUAUGUUUAUUUUUUGGCCACACUCUUUUUACAUUUCAUUUCAUUGAUGUUCUCAAAUGUGUGAGUAUAGCUUGACUUUUACAAGGACUUAUCUAAAAAGGAAACAUUGGCUAUGAAAUGCAAGAAGACAGAAAAAUAUAAAAAGUGGAAAAAACUAAAUGAAGAGGUGACAACGAUAAAAUAUGCUCAGUGGCAGAGGUGACGAGGACAAAAUCAGAAA